AUGUCCAAGCCUCGUAUCGCCGAUCCAAAGGCCAUCAAGGCCUUUGGCUUGACGCAGAUCUAUACCCCGCGCGACGAUCCAACGAUCGAUAUUGUUUUUGUUCACGGCCUGAACGGCCAUCCUCACGACUCCUGGACCAGUAAAACCACUGAUUGCUUCUGGCCUACGGACCUUCUCCCGGAUGUGCUUGCCUCACUCUGUCCCCGCAUUCUUACUUACGGCUACAAUGCGAAUGUCACUGCUUUCACCGAUGGAGCUUCGCGUGAUUCAGUUGUCAGCCAUGCUGAGACUCUUGCAUCCAGUCUCGCUGCUAAUCGAAAUCUGCGAGACUGCUCCAACCGUCCGAUCAUUUUCAUCUGCCACUCGCUGGGAGGCCUGAUCGUGAAGCGCGCCCUGAUAUACUCCCGUAGUCUCUCGAGUGAGAAGACUGAGCAUCUACGUUCCGUCUAUGUUUCCACUUUUGGCAUCCUCUUUCUCGGCACACCUCACAAUGGAUCCGAUAUUGCGAAAUGGGGUUUGUUGUUGCACAACAUCUGUAAUGCUGUGCUCCCCAAGAAAUUCAUGGAGGCGUCUCCGCAGCUUGUCAAAGCUCUGCGGACCAACAAUGAAACCCUACAGCACAUCAACAGUCUCUUCGUUGAUAUCAUGGGCCGAUUCCACAUCUACUUCUUCCAUGAAACACGGUCCACCGACGUGCGUGGUACCCGCGAAGUUAUUGUAGACGAACACUCAGCCGCGCCGUACAUGGAAGGUGUUGAGCGGGCUGGUAUCGAGGCCGAUCACAGCCAUAUGUGCAAGUUUGAUGACGAGAAUGCGGCGGGCUAUGAAGUUGUAGCCGAGGCCAUUCUACGGUACUCACGUCAGGCUCCUUCCGUGAUUACAGAGCGCUGGGCGGAAGAGAAGAAAGCCCGCACCCAGGAGAAGAAGGCCAAGGCAAGGGAAAUCUAUGACGCAAGAAUAGAUGACCCGGCAAAUCGAAGCAUGCCUGAUUUAAACAGAACCGGUAGGGAUUCAUACCUUCUCCCUGCACCGGAAGUGGCUGUCACGUUAAGGGACUAUGAGAUUGAGGAGCCUCCUGCCAAUCCAUAUUAUCUCUACCGCGCGCCCCUGCGACAGAAGGUCGAAACUCCCCAUGAACUUCUUCAACUCUCCCACUAUUCCACCAAAGAUGCACCCUUAUUCGUGGCACCUCCAGGGUUUCAUCCCAACGCUACUUUUUUUGGAAUGGAGAAAGAACUUGAAGUGCUGCACAGCAGAUUGUUCAAAGCCAAGGCACGUCCGGAAAAGACAAUGGCCGUACUGAUCUCCGGCGUUCCAGGCUCCGGCAAGACACAUCUAGCUCGCCAGUACGUGUUCACUCAGCGUGACUGCUACCCAGGUGGCAUAUUUUGGAUUGAUGCCAAGUCCCGUGAAUCAACCUACAAGUGUUUUUGGGAGAUUGCACAAGCAGCUACGCUAAUUGAACAGAAGGUCACCGUGAGCACUGAGUAUCACGAGACUGAAAAGUAUGUGAAUGCAGUCCGCCUCUGGCUUCAGACACGCAAAGAUUGGCUCCUCAUCUUCGAUGGUGUUACCUUCGACCGUGACGACGACAUCAAUAAGUUCAGGGACGUCUUGCCAUGGGGCAAACAGUGCAGUAUUAUAUACACCUCGGUCGACACAACGCUGCGCAAAAAGCAGCGACUGUACGAGCCGUAUUGUUUGAUGAUUUCGCGGUUGCAAGUAGAACACGCUUGCAAGCUUCUGUUUAAGGAUAUUGGGAUUACGCGAGCGACACCCGAGCAAAUCUCUAAGGCUACUCGGAUAGUCGAGCACUACGAAUGUCUACCUUUGGCAAUCCAUGCGAUUGGGCACCAUCUCAACGCAACAGGUAAACCAAUCGAAAAGUACCAUGUCAAAUCUCAGGUGACGGACAAAAAACUUGCAGAGCCCUUCUUGAGAAUCAUGAACGAUUUGUUUCGGUUGCAGCAAAAGCAGGCGUUGCACUUGAUUAACCUUCUCUCGUUUCUUGGCCACCAGGUGCCAGUGGGCCUUCUGAACCUGGGUCGGGCAGCUAUGGCCGCUGAGAAUUUGGAGAUUCAGACCAGCAGCCAAAUAGGAGAAGAUCCCAAUCUCGAUACCACACUUGGAACCCUCAUUCACUAUGGGUUGGUUGAACGGAUUACAGAUGCCGAUCUCUUUCAGCAGAGAUCAUCCGUUAAUUAUUUUGAGGGUGAUCAGAGGAAUUCGGAUGUGAAGAGUGUUCCGGAGCUCUCAGAUUCUCUGACAGAGAGCAGCCAAGAGGGAUUUUUCUCUAUUUACCGCCAUGAAUCGGUGGUUGAUGUAGUUAAGAUUCACAGUGUGGUGCAAGGGUUCUGUCGUGAUGAGCUCCGAAUCAAGGACGAGGAGAACAAAGGCCUCAUGAGCACCAAUGACCCUGGUUUCUUCGAUACUUGGCUGAUUGUUGCCACCCGUUUCCUUAUCACGUCUUUCGACGCCGCUAUGGGACGGAUGGCUCAUUAUGAAGACUGUGGCCUUGUACGGGAUUACCGAGAGUACGAAACUCACGCUUCACGACUGCUUGAGCUUUUUCCAAAGAAGGCAACAAUACAUCUACAUCCACUAAUAGUUCGUGAAACGCGAGAGAAUUUGCGACGGUUGGCGUCAUUGAUCAGCAAAGAAAUCGAGAACAUGUCCCCAAGCUCCUCACACCACUCUGUACGGAAUCAGAAAUCAGUUUUCGACAGGUCAAGCAGCUCAUCCUCCUCGUUCCGCGAUUCAUCAGCCGACGAAGGUCCAUCGCGUAGGUCUACCUUCAACUGGAGUGAUCUCGGGUCAUCUCGAGCAGAGUCUCCCGAGGAAAUAGCCAUGCCGCCUCCCCAGUUCAGGUUAGAGCUUUUCCCACCACAUAUAUUCAGACAAUCUGGGUAUGAAUCCGAAGAGGGAUAUGAAACAGAUGGUGAAGCCAAGGGGGCAAUUCGAAUUUCUCCUGCGAUGUCGCAAAUGAGCCAAGCGACAGAGAAACCGAACAAUACACCUCCCUCAUCGAGUCCUCCAUUAACCACUAGCCUGUCGGAAUGGCAAGUGGUCAACCGACACUCAAAGCAAGGGCAAAAUAAAGUGAAUCAAACAAAGAGGCGAAACAGAGGCCCUCAUCGCUUUAGAGAUACCAAAUUCGACACCCCACUGGUCAAACUGUCCUCCAUCCAAGGCAAAGGAUCAUCAAGCCGCACAGCUGCCCGCGAAACGGGGAGCUCUUUGAUGAUGGCUUCAGCUGCUGAAAAAGCACUUGCUGCAGUGCGUCGGUCUAGCAAUUCUCAAGCGUCCGCUGGCACCCUGCAGCCCACAAUCACCUCUCCACCAGCAAACCAAGAGAACAUUCCUACCUAUGCGAAUGUAGCCACCCGACGAAUUUUAGAGACAGACUCUACAGCAAAACGCCCAUCAUCUGUUCCCGUUUUUCAGGCCUUGGAUCCAGCUAGUGGUUUGCAUUUGAAUGGCGGAUUGCAGAUGAAACCGUCCACCGAGUCCCUCGAUAGUCAAGCGGGCUACGCCUUUACGUCUCCGCUAUACCAUGAGAUCACCGACGAAGUGAUAAUUGAGCCUUUGAGCCAGUCAACCUACAGCGAGCCUGAGUUCAAUAUGCCCAAUCACCAUGGAGCAGGUUUACAUACCGCGCCUGGAUCCCGGGCUCCCUCUAGGCGUGGUUCUGUGCCACAUCUGGAAGUCCCUCAAAGUCUAUCCGCAAGCGUGCCAUCCCUCCUUCCAUAUCCACCACCUCUUCCAUAUGACGAGAACAUCUCCGUCACUCUUUCAAGCCGCAGAAGAUCUUCUCAAUUAGCGCAGGGCUCAAUACCUACCUCGGGGGCUCCUAGGCCUUCCAUCGCUCAUCCAUCCGCAAUCAUGCCUGGCGCAUUGUCACUAUCUAGUUCCAAACUACACGUGGGCUCAGCCCCUGAGCGCUCCAUCCCCGAGCCGAUGUCGCGUGAAUCUUCGGCUUACUCUCAUCAAUCAUGGGUCACAGAACCCGCCCCCGAGAUGAUCCCGAGUCCCCCAUCGAGCAUGCAGCAUCAGCAACAACAACAACAAAUGCUCUCUGGGACCCCUGGCUGGACAACCGAAUUGCCCCUGGCGGGUAGUGCUCUCCAGUCAGAUUCCACCUACCCCAGUCCACCCGUGUCAUCGCACGGACAGCUCGGCUCCAUGAACGAACGACUGAAAUACCCCGACCCUGGCUGGAAUCCGGGGAUUGAGCCGGUGCAAUAUUUGCAUUUUGGCGGACACCGCGUUGAUGUACGAGACGCACGACUCAGACUCCAUGAAUCGACUCGAGUGCUGCCCCCACGUCCCCAGCAGUAUCAGCUAUACCAUCCCAAUUUGUCGGGUCCUUUGAUUCAGCACGAGGGUCAAGUCUAUGCACCUGCGCCUGCGCCGCGACUGGAGGUUUAUGGGACUCGCGCGCGGAGUGGGAGUUCCCCGGUACGCCCUAAUUAUGCUGGUUUGGGUGUGCGGUACUUAUGA